AUGGUGUUUCUGCUCCUCAACAUACUGACGUUUGGCUUAUUUUCGAAGCUUGGACGCCUUACCCACUAUGCCUUUGAUGCCGUGCUAUUUUCGGCUUUCCUCGCCGGCAUGAAGCGCUCGACCGGCUUAACGCCUAGUUUCAAGACGGAUAAAGCUUCCGGUGAGAAUAAAGAAGUGGCAAAGUGGAUCGACAAAUACCUCGGUGUUGGCGAGUGGGUCAUGGACCAGGGCAUCGCCGUCGCAGCCUCGAGCGGCUGGUUCGAGCGGACACGAUGA